AUGCCUCGUUGCUACAUCGUCAAGAAGCAUACCCUACCGCAGCACCAUCAUCCUCAUCUUCAUCAGCAGCAACAACAAACAACAGCGGUGCCCAAUGGAGCGGCAGCAACGUUAAUUCCCUACGGGCGUUUUACCCCCGCAACGGUGGGCACCCCAGCCGCCGUUACAAUCAUUGGUGGCGGGGGUGGUGGAAACGGAAUUAGCCGUCCCGCUAUCGGUACUAUUGGGACCUCGGUGAUCUGUGCAAAUCCGGCAUCGAAUAUCAUUGGAAUUGGAGGGAACGGUGGAGGCGCCACUACUCCUACCGUUGGUGGUAAUGUGAUUAUACUAAAUAGUGUCAGUGUGAUUAGUAAUGGUGCCGUCGGUGGCACCGGUCCUGGGGGAGUUCUUGGAGGAGUGAUACAGCGGCUACCGGAGGAUGCUACUGGCACAAGUACCGUUGGUACGUUGGGGGUUGCGACUGUUGCUGGACCAACCAGCCCAACGGAGGCUUGCGUUGCGCCGAUCUACUACACCAGCCUGGCCGAUAAUCAAAAUGGCUUUUCGAUCCAGCUAAGCGAUUACCGGAACAUAAAGUGUGCGGCGCCAACCCCCUCGACGGCCAAUGUCAGCAGCGGUAACAGCAAUAACGCCAAUUCCUCCUCCAGCUCCAACUCAAGAUAUUUAACGGUAAGUGCUUCCUCAAACCACCACCAGUCGUCGUCAACGUCGCCUCAAGCAGUAGCAACAACAACUCCAGCUCCGGUGCUGCUCAAAUCCGGCGGCAACCGAAGUCAUAAUAAUUAUUCGAAUAAAAGAGAACAACAACAGAUGCUAAUUUACACGCCGCCUCAGCCGCCUUCAUCCGAUAAGAAAAGAGAUAAAUCACCCGGCACCCGGUCGCUCCUGGUGCCUGCGGCCUCUUUGGUGGCUCCAACGAUGGCCCCAACCCCAACUCCUUCAUCGACACCACCAGCAACAAUAACAACAGGUCGUCAGUCGUCCCCUUCGUCGACAUCCUCAUCCGCAGCCAGUAGCCCAUCCUCGUUCCAGUAUGAUAGUAACUCGCCGAUAUUCCGCGAUCGGAGCAUCGAAGAAACCGAGGCGGCCCAUGAUUUAUUGUCCUUAUCGCAGAGCCUGCCCCCACUUCCGGCCCCGUGCGUGGUCACGAUUCUUACUCCGACCCCGAGCUCGUCGUCGGAACCGACGGUGAAUUUUAUCGCGUCACAACAACAGCAGAUGAGUGGCAACAACAAUGGGACACGUGACCAACAGCCUACUUUGGUUCAAAAUGGCAACAUCAUAAAUAUCGUGGACCGAAGCAGUGCGACGCAACAGCAGCAGUGUCCUCCCCAGAGAUCCGGACCGAUAUCGAUGAUUAUACCGGGCUACGAAAUAACGACCACCAUCACUGGUGUUCCGAUGAUGGAAACCAUCGCUGGAGCCGCUCCACCCACGCCGCCCACCUCGGAACAUUCGUCCGACACCGAAAGCGUGGAGUCCUCGUCUCCAACAAACAACUCCGGUGGCAACCACAACUUGCUACAAGUAACGUCUUCCAACCACCAAACAAUCAAACGUAGCAAGAAAUCUUCCAACGGAAGCUCUCCAACCAACAAACGAUUGAAAGUGGACCACUCCGUUUCUUCGACAACGACACCGGCAACAUCCGAGUCAGCCAAAUCAAAAGCAGCCGAGCUGUACACCUACGACGAUCUGAUCUCAAGCGAUGGACGCACCAAGAACCGCAAGAAACCAUCCCCAACGGCUCGAGAACACCGAAGCGAAUCCAGUGACCAGGAACCAGUCGCCGAGCAAACGAGCAAAUGCUCCUCCCCAGUCACGGUCCCGAAAGGCAAAUACAAAUGUCCGGAAUGCGGCAAACAGUACGCCACCUCCAGCAAUCUCUCACGCCACAAGCAAACCCAUCGUUCCCUGGACUCCCAAUCGGCCAAGAAGUGCAUAACCUGUGGCAAAGCUUACGUCUCAAUGCCAGCCCUCGCAAUGCACCUGCUAACCCACAAGCUCUCGCACAGCUGCGGCGUCUGCGGCAAGCUCUUCUCCAGACCCUGGCUGCUCCAAGGUCACCUCCGAUCCCACACCGGCGAAAAACCCUACGGUUGCGGACACUGCGGUAAGGCCUUCGCCGAUCGAUCCAACCUGAGAGCCCACAUGCAAACCCACUCAACCGACAAGAACUUCGAGUGCGAACGCUGCCAUAAAACGUUCGCCCUCAAGUCCUACCUGAACAAACAUCUGGAGUCGGCCUGCUACAAGGACGAUGGUGACGACGGCGAUGGCACGAAAGCACUCUCCCCGGAUGAUCAUGACCUUGAACCGACCGAGGAGGCACGACGACACAAACGCCUAUCGCUGCACGAUGAAAACAGUAACGCGACUAUCGAUGUGGUGACCACUACGGUCGAUGACGAGAUGGGCGAUGAUGAUGAUGAUGAUUACGAUGAAGAUGAAGACAUUGAUAUUAUUACUGCUUAA